AUGGCAACCUAUCGGCGUUUGCGAAGAGCAUCGCUACUCACAUCUAUCCUGGCGCUUGGCCUGUUCUUAUUAACCUUACGUCUUCUAUACGGAAAGACUCCUACUCCAUCUACCUCUACGUCCCGGUCUGCAGCUCCGGCAACUCACAAGCUCGGCCAAGUCACCUCGACUUCUCCUCCUUGCGCCCGAUUACCCGGCGCCAAGGACGCUCUGGUAAUCCUCAAGACCGGAGCGACGGAAUUGCAGGACAAGCUGCCCGUCCAUUUCCACACGACAUUCUCCUGCUAUCCAAAUUACAUCAUCUUUUCCGAUGUCGAGGAGGAAUACGAAGGCCACCACAUCAUCGACGCCUUGGAGUUCGUCAACCAGGACUAUCGCGGCGCAAACAAGGAUUUCGAAUUAUGGCGCAGACUACAGACGGGCGGCCGGGCGGCCCUGAAACCCGACGAGCUGAGUGGGCCGGACAGCAAGGUCUCCCCCAUGACGGGCAAGGGCUCGAAUCCGGGAUGGAAGCUCGACAAGUGGAAGUUCCUGCCCAUGGUGAACAGGACCCUAAACAUGUACCCGGACAUGAAGUGGUACAUAUUCGUGGAGACCGACACAUACAUGUUCUGGAGUACCACCCUUGCCUAUUUGAAUUCGUUGGAUCACAAGGAGCCGUGGUACAUGGGCUCGCAGAUGCAGAUUGGAAGCGUGGUCUUCGCCCACGGCGGCUCGGGCAUCUUCGCUUCGCAAGCAGCCUUACGGAUGGUGGUGGAUCUGUUCGUCGCCAACCAAGACGAAUGGGAGAAAUUCACCGCCAUGCAUUGGGCCGGCGACUGCGUUCUCGGCAAAGCUUUUACAGACGCCGAGGUGGACCUCACCUGGGCUUGGCCAACCAUCCAGGGCGUCAAGCCGGGUUCAAUCGAGUACGAUCGCUUUGAAUACCGGAAGCGCUUAUGGUGCUAUCCCACCAUCUCCUACCAUCAUCUCUCGCCGAGCGAGGUGGAGGAUAUCUGGAAUUUUGAACAAGACUGGCUGGAAAAAGGCAAAGGCGAAAUUGUCCGCCAUUCCGACGUCUUCAUCUCCUACAUCAUGCCCCGCAUCAUGGCCACCAAAGGCGCCAAAAUGGGCUGGGACAACAUGAGCGGCAACUUUGAAAACGCCCUCGACUGCGACUCCUACAGCGCAUGCCGCACAUUGUGCGACGACGACGACUACUGCGCCCAGUUCGCCUACAAGGACGGGCAGUGCAAGAAGAGCGGCUCGCCGCAGUGGGGCGAGGCGAACCCCGCGGUGCAGUCGGGUUGGUUCCUCGAUCGCGUGGAGCAGUUUGUGAAGAAUCAGGAGCCGUGCUCCGGCGAGCUGUGGGUGGAGAGGGGGAGGAAUGCCUGA